GGCAGAUGGACAAUAGUAGGAUGAACUCCUUCUUAGAGUAUGCAAUUUGUAACCGUGGGACGAGCGCCUACUCGCCCAAGGGCUACCACCACUUAGAGCAAGGCACAGCUUCCUUCCCUGCCUGCUCAGGUACCCCUGCCAGUGACAGCUACCACGGAGAUGGGCGCCUGGGAGCAGGGGGGAGCACAGCUGCGCCCAGCCACCUCCCCCAGCAGAGCCCUGGCUACCACCCCACGCCCUCCUCUGGCCUUGCCAUCCCCUUCCCGGGCGCUGCCUCCGCAGGGUACCCGCCCCAAGCCUACAACCCGAGCUACGGGCAUCCCCACUUCUACCUCGGCCAACAGGACGCGGAUGGUGCCUACUUCCAGGCACCGGGGUAUGGCCUCAACGCCGGAUCUAACCUCAGCUCCUUGCCAGAGGGCUACUGCGGGGCAGUGGCUGCCCCCGGGCAGUACCAGCAGCACUCGUAUGGGCAGGAGCAGCCAGGCUACUUGCCGGGGGCUUACAGCGGCCUCUCGCCUUCUCUAAACGAAAGCAAGGACCACGCGUGCCCAUCCGAGCAGUGCCCCACCACCAGCGCCACGCAGACCUUCGACUGGAUGAGAGUGAAGCGGAAUCCCCCCAAGACAGGUGGGUCUAUAGCAUCCUCUCCAUCCAACGGGUGGGGGCAGAGGCUUGGAGGGGUUUCCCCCGAGGGAGGGAGGUCGAACCCCGGGGUAACAAGGGGUGGUGCACAGCAGCAGAGCCCGGCGCUGGAAAUACGCAUCCGAAGCAGCGAAUCGCCCUUGCAGGCCCAGACUUUGUCUGUGGUAGGAAAUGAUCCGGGUUUCCUGCCCCUCUUCCAUUGCCCUCAUUCUUCAGCUUCCUUCCCUGCGUGUCUCCUCAGCCCUCCCUCCCCCAGAACACCCCUGGAAAAGUCUCCUAAAAGUCUCCAGCUCAGGCGGACCCUGGGGCCGGCUGGAAAGAGGGCUCUUUGGAAAGGACCAAGUGAUGGGUCCUAAGGGUGGCUCGGGGGCAGGGCAGGUUCUUGGGAUGGAGGGUGGCUGGCUGAUGGAUGCAGGGAGCUGGAGA